AUGAGUCACGAUCCGAAUACGUUCAAUAACCCUUAUCCACCACAAGGUGCUUAUCCACCGCAACAACCAGAUGCUUAUCAACAUUUUCCACCUCCACAAGGUGGUGGAUAUCCAGGACAACCUGGCGCUGGUUAUGGACAAAAUCAAAUGCCAUUUCAACCACCUCCAAUGCUACCACGUCCAGAUUUUCCUAAAGAUGAUGAACCAGCUGCAGGCGGAUGGGGCAGUUUUAAUGGUCUUGAAAGCAAAGAAAUCCGUCGUGUUUUUGUUCGAAAGGUUUAUUCAAUUCUUUUGAUACAAUUAUUAGUUACAUUUGGUAUCAUUGCAUUAUUUCAUUUUACACCAUCGAUUCGUUCAUAUAUUCGAAGUUCGGACGGUCAAUGGCUUUACUGGACAUCAUAUGUUGUUUUCCUAGUUACAUAUUUUGCAAUAAUUUGUUGUAAAACUGCUGCUCGACGAUUUCCUGUUAAUCUUAUUUUACUUGGCAUGCUGACACUUUCAAUGGGUUACAUGAUGGGUAUGAUUUCAGCAUUUUACAAGAUUGAUUCGGUUUUAAUUGCUGUCGGUAUAACCGCAUUUGUGUGUUUGGGUGUAACAAUAUUUUCAUUUCAAACAAAAUAUGAUUUUACAUCAUGUUUUGGAGUUUUAUUCGUUAUCUCAAUCGCCCUUAUGGGUUUUGGUAUUGUAUGUAUAUUUACUCGUUCACAAAUUCUAUAUACAGUAUAUGCUGGUCUUGGAGCUGUCGCUUUUUCAAUUUUCUUGGCUGUUGAUACACAAUUAAUUAUGGGUGGAAAACGUCAUGAAAUUAGUGCUGAAGAUCAUAUACUUGCAUCGGUUAUGCUUUAUAUUGAUAUAGUUUACAUAUUUUUAUAUAUUCUUACAUUACUGGGCAAUCGAGAAUAA